GACUCGCUGUGUUCUAAAGAUUGAAGCGAGCUCUGCUAAAGCCCACGACAUGUCGCCGUCCAUCAAGCUCACCGCUGCAAUCUUUCUGCUGCUCCUGGCCGCGCAAGCGGAAUGCCAGGGGUGUAUGCCAUCGAGCAUCAGCGUCGAGCAGACCAACACCGGGAAGAAGGCAGGCGGGAUCGACACGGUGUUUCAAGUGACGGUUACCAACCGGUGCCGGUGCGCCGUGAACAACGUUUACCUCCAGUCCAACGGCUUCUCGAGCUCCACCCCUGUCGACCCGAAGCUCUUCCGCCGGGCCGGGUCCAGUUACCUCCUCGGCGAUGGCCGGCGGAUCCCGGGCUCCAAGUCCGUCACCUUCCAGUAUGCUUGGGACCAUUACUUCAAGAUGGCGCCAGCGAGUGUGCAGGCCCAGUGCUAGGCUUUAUGUGGCUUCAAAAAUAAGGGCUUGUUUGGAUCAUGGGUUUAGACUUUAGAGUUUGCAGGUUAGGAUAAAAAGGUUUAAAUCUAUAUUUUUAAUCCAAAUUAAGAACAGACAGCUCGAUUAAAUACUCGCAAUCCAAAAUUUCUGAAGUUGUAGAGGUGACUUUGGAGUGAAGCUCUAUCAAAUUAAACGUGCCUUUUAUAUAUAUAUAUAUAUAUAUAUAUGCUAUGAUUGUUGUAUGUAGGCAUGCCUUGUAUGUGCGAGCUACCUACAGUAGCCAAGUAAAGAGUAAGAGUU